AUGAUUCAUACGACUUUACCACCACACGCUCCUCCAACAGAAAGUACAAGAGGUGGCAUAUACCACCCUACACUCCAAGAAAUACAAAAAGAUUCGAUUUCUUUAUUAGCUCAAGAAUAUUGGCUAUCGAAUGAUCCUGAUACGCGAGAAUGGUCACCCAAUAUAGUUGAAGAUAUUUAUUUUAAAGAAUUGGAAAAUAAUGGGUUUGAAACUAAAAAAUUAAUGUUGCUCGAGUUCAGCCAAUACUUGGAAAAGUAUCUUUGGCCAAAUUUUGAUGGUGAAAAUACAUCUUUGGCUCAUGUUUUAUCCAUAGUUUUAAUGGUUAAUGAAAAAUUCAGAGAGCGCGUGUCCGCUUGGGAUUGUUUCGCGAGCAGACCUGAUCAAUUCAAUUCAUUUUUCAUACACGUACUUCGUUUGACUGUACCUCCAUUAUCGGAUAAACUUACUUUUCAUGUUAGGCGUUUCCUUUUAAUCUUCUUGAUUCAUGCUUUCCAAAGCUUAGAAAACCAAUUAUUAAGAACUGAAUGCAUGAUUUUAGUAUCACUUGUAACAUGGCAUUGCUUUGGUACUUCAUCGCUCCGUGAAAAAGAAUUCGCUUCUGAUAAAGAUCUUAAAAAAAGGUGGAACGCUUUUGCAAAAAGGUUUAAAAAAGCAGGUAGUCAGACUUGGAUAAGUAAUCUUAUGAAAGGAUUCGUAGAAAUUUUAUAUUCAAUACCGGAAUCUGACGAUGCGGAUAGUGAUGCCAUUGCAUAUUGUGAACGUUUCUUGGAGUUUUUGAUUGAUCUUGAAGCACAACUACCCACGAGAAGAUAUUUCAACACUCUUCUUGAUGAUCAUCAGAUAUUG